AUGCAUAGUUGGAGCUGCCGAAUACCCCGAGGAGCUGCCGCCCGGCAAGUACCCGAGGAGCUGCCGCCCGGCGAGUACCCGAGGAGCUGCCCCCCGACGAGUACCCGAGGAGCUGCCGAAUACCCCGAGGAGCUGCCCACCGGCGAGUACCCGAGGAGCUGCCCCCCGACGAGUACCCGAGGAGCUGCCCACCGGCGAGUACCCGAGGAGCUGCCGCCCGGCGAGUACCCGAGGAGCUGCCCCCCGACGAGUACCCGAGGAGCUGCCGAAUACCCCGAGGAGCUGCCCACCGGCGAGUACCCGAGGAGCUGCCCCCCGGCGAGUACCCGAGGAGCUGCCCCCCGGCGAGUACCUGAGGAGCUGCCCCCCGACGAGUACCCGAGGAGCUGCCGAAUACCCCGAGGAGCUGCCCACCGGCGAGUACCCGAGGAGCUGCCCCCCGACGAGUACCCGAGGAGCUGCCCACCGGUGAGUACCCGAGGAGCUGCCGCCCGGCGAGUACCCGAGGAGCUGCCCACCGUACCCGAGGAGCUGCCGCCCGGCGAGUACCCGAGGAGCUGCCCACCGGUGAGUACCCGAGGAGCUGCCGCCCGGCGAGUACCCGAGGAGCUGCCGCCCGGCGAGUACCCGAGGAGCUGCCGAAUACCCCGAGGAGCUGCCCACCGGCGAGUACCCGAGGAGCUGCCCACCGGUGAGUACCCGAGGAGCUGCCGCCCGGCGAGUACCCGAGGAGCUGCCGCCCGGCGAGUACCCGAGGAGCUGCCCCCCGGCGAGUACCCGAGGAGCUGCCCCCCGGCGAGUACCCGAGGAGCUGCCCCCCGGCGAGUACCCGAGGAGCUGCCCACCGGCGAGUACCCGAGGAGCUGCCGCCCGGCGAGUACCCGAGGAGCUGCCGCCCGGCGAGUACCCGAGGAGCUGCCCCCCGGCGAGUACCCGAGGAGCUGCCCCCCGGCGAGUACCCGAGGAGCUGCCCCCCGGCGAGUACCCGAGGAGCUGCCCACCGGCGAGUACCCGAGGAGCUGCCCCCCGGCGAGUACCUGA